AUGUCGAGUUUUGCCAUCCCCGUCUCGUCGUCCAUCGGCGGAAUUGACUUUGGAGUCAUGUCCGAUGACGAGAUAAAGGCGGUUUCAGUCAAGCGAAUCUACAACACACCCAGUCUGGACUCGUUCAAUAACCCGGUUCCGGGGGGGUUAUAUGAUGCAGCUCUGGGCGCAUGGGGUGAUCAUAUGUAUGUUAUGCUCUACGGCUCCUCAUUGAGGUAUUGGAAAGACGGGGGAACACUAACGAAAUGUGUUAUAGAUGUUCUACAUGUCGGCAAAAUUCCUGGUCUUGCGCCGGACAUGCUGGGCACGUCGAGCUGCCAGUUCACGUCUACAAUGUUACUUUCUUUGAUCAGCUCUAUCGACUACUCAGAGCUCAGUUAUGGUCUAAUUGAAGAAGCGCAUAUCGCUGGGAAUAUGGAACUUCGUAAGGGCGCACGCAAUAAAGCCGAUUCAAGUGACGACGAUAGUGACGACGAGGACGAUGUCGACUUGAUGCAGCGGAGAAAUGCAUACGUUAAACGCUGCAUCGCCAAUUUACCAGCUCAGAAGAGAAGCAGAUCUCACAUGGAAAUUGUGAAAGAUCCAACUGCGGCUGAAAUGCGACGGAAUUUAGUGCGGGACUUUCUGAAGGAAGCGUCUGCUGCCAAAAAGUGCACGUCCUGUUCAGGGAUCUCUCCAGCCUACCGCCGCGAUAAGUAUUCUAAGAUCUUUCGGAAAUCCCUUCCCCAGAAGGCCAGAAUAGCUAUGAUGGAAGCUGGGUUCCAGAUACCUAACCCACUUGUUUUGAUGGAAGAAGCAAAUCGGAUGUCCCAAAGGGGGAAAGAUGCGAAGAAACCCGUGAAGUCGGCGGUGGCACCAGACGGCGACGAGGACCUCAGUGCAGAGCAGCAGGUUUCAAUGGGUAAUGCUGUGCUCAUGGAUGUUGAAGAGACCGAAGUAUCUCAACAAGCAGAUCAGGGCGAGUCCCAACAGUACGUACCCUCUUCGGAGAUUCAUGCUUCUCUUCACUUCCUUUUCGAUAAGGAACAAGAGAUCCUCGACUUGAUAUACGACUCUCGCCCUUUUGUAAAAAAGCGUUCUCAUGUUAGUGCCAACAUGUUUUUUAUUAAAAACAUCCUCGUUCCCCCAAACAAGUUCCGACCGGCGGCGCAGCAAGGCCCAAAUGAAAUCAUGGAGGCCCAGCAAAAUACGUCUUUUGGCAGGAUUAUCAAAUUAUGUGAUCAGAUCAACCAGAUUAGCAGGGAAAGACAGGGUGAUACGACAGGGACGUCGAGGAGAAUACGUGAUUACCGCGAUCUGCUCCAGUCGAUUGUCCAGCUUCAAGACGCGGUAAACAGUCUCAUCGACCGGGAUCGGAAUCCUUCUCAGGGACUAGGUGCGCCAAACGAAGAUGGUAUAAAACAGCGAUUAGAAAAGAAGGACGGUCUCUUCCGAAAAAACAUGAUGGGAAAACGUGUCAAUUUUGCAGCCAGAAGUGUUAUCUCCCCAGACCCUAACAUCGAAACAAACGAAAUCGGUAUACCUCUUGUCUUUGCAAAGAAGUUGACGUACCCCGAACCAGUAACAAAUCACAAUUACUGGGAAUUGAAACAAGCUGUGAUCAAUGGACCAGAUAUAUACCCGGGCGCAGCGGCUGUUGAAAACGAGCUUGGACAGGUGGUCAGUUUGAAAUUCAAAUCUGUGGAUGAAAGAGUUGCAAUUGCAAACUUGCUUCUCUCGCCAUCGAAUUGGAAACUCAAGCGUUCUCGCAACAAGAGAGUUUAUCGCCAUCUCACAACAGGAGACGUCGUUCUGAUGAAUCGGCAGCCCACCCUUCACAAACCGUCAAUCAUGGGCCAUCGUGCUAGAGUCCUAACAGGCGAGAGAACCAUACGAAUGCACUACGCCAACUGUAACACAUACAACGCUGAUUUCGACGGUGAUGAAAUGAACAUGCACUUCCCACAAAAUGAAAUCGCUCGUGCCGAAGCUAUGCAACUUGCGGAUACUGACCACCAGUACCUUGUGGCCACAUCCGGAAAGCCGCUUCGUGGUUUAAUUCAGGAUCAUUUAUCCAUGGGUGUAUGGCUUACUUGCAGAGACAGCUUCUUUGAUGAGAAUGACUACCACCAGCUACUUUACAGUUGCUUACGGCCGGAAAAUUCGCAUACUGUAUCGGACAAAAUCUGGACUAUGCCACCUACCAUCUUCAAGCCCCAACCACUCUGGACAGGGAAGCAAAUAAUAAGCACAGUCUUGAAGAACAUUACGCCCGAGAACCGGGCAGGCCUUAACCUGGACAGUAAAUCGUCCACGCCGUGGAGUCGCUGGGGUGACGAAGCAGAAGGAGACGUCACUUUCAGGAACGGAGAGCUGAUAUCAGGAAUUCUUGACAAAAAUCAACUCGGUCCAAGUGUUGGCGGCUUCAUUCACUCUAUUCAUGAGGUUUAUGGCCACAUCGUUGCUGGUAAAUUGAUUGGAAUUCUGGGUCGUCUACUAACAAAAGUUCUCCAUAUGCGUGCAUUCACCUGCGGGAUGGAUGACCUUCGUCUCACAGAAGAGGGCAAUGUCAAUCGCAAAAAACUAAUCCAGGAAGCGGAUGGCUUAGGAAACGAUAUCGCUCUAAAGUAUGUGACUCUAGAUCAAAAUAAAGUUGAGGACGAGGAUUCCGAACUUCGGCGUCGACUCGAGGAGGUAAUGCGUGAUGAUGACAAGCACGCAGGGCUUGAUGGAAUGUACAAGUCCCGCGCGGGUGAACUCUCUUCGGAAAUAACCAAGGCCUGCUUACCUAGUGGCCUCGAAAAGCCAUUCCCCUUCAAUAACAUGCAGGCAAUGACUGUUUCGGGUGCUAAAGGAUCAAUGGUCAAUGCCAAUUUGAUUUCUUGCAAUUUAGGUCAACAGGUUUUGGAAGGUCGUCGUGUUCCCGUCAUGAUCAGCGGGAAAACACUCCCUUCCUUCCAGCCAUAUGAAACCAAAAUCGGAGCCGGUGGUUAUGUGUUUGGUCGUUUCCUUACAGGAAUUAAACCACAUGAAUAUUAUUUCCACGCCAUGGCUGGUAGAGAAGGUCUUAUCGAUACUGCCGUUAAGACUUCGCGAUCCGGUUAUCUCCAGCGAUGUCUCAUUAAGGGAAUGGAAGGUUUGAAAGCAGAGUACGAUACAUCUGUACGGGAUACUUCAGAUGGAUCUCUAGUGCAAUUUUUGUACGGAGAGGAUGGACUUGAUAUCACAAAGCAAAAGCAUUUGGACAAUUUUACCUUCUUGGCACAAAACUACAUGUCAAUGGUAUCUCAGGUCAACGGGGUGAAUGAUUCGGGCAAAGUUCACAGCGAAGAAGCGAGCAACUGGAACAAAGCUGCCAUGAAGAAGGUUAAAAAGUCAGGGAAAUUUGACGCCAAAGACCCUGCUUUGGCUCACUUUCCACCUGGCGCUAACUAUGGUAGUACUUCUGAGAAAUUUGCUUCUGCGCUCAAAAAGUAUCUCAAAUCCAACCCCGACAACCUGCUCAAGGAUAAAAGCAAAUCUGAAGGUGAGAUCACAAAGAAAGCAUUUACCACGAUAAUGAACAUGAAAUACAUGAAGGCCGUUAUCGAUCCUGGCGAGGCUAUAGGCAUUGUUGCUGGCCAGUCCGUUGGAGAGCCGUCGACCCAGAUGACUCUAAAUACCUUCCAUUUGGCUGGUCACGCCGCCAAAAACGUCACACUUGGUAUUCCUCGACUCAGGGAGAUUGUAAUGACAGCAAGCAACCACAUUAUGACCCCAACCAUGACAUUGAAGCUAAAUAAGGAGACGGAUAAAAAGACUGCGGAUCUGUUUGCCAAAACUAUCACCAAGUUGACUCUUGCAGAAGUUAUUGAUAAACUAAAGGUUCGAGAACGUGUCUCGUCCGGUCAAGGGCAUGCAAAAGCCAAAAUAUAUGACAUCCAGGUGGACUUCUUCCCAUCUGAGGCAUAUUGUGAAGAGUAUGCCAUCCAAAUCAGCGAUGUCCUUCGAACUCUGGAGGAGAAAUUUGUUCCCCGCCUUAUCAAGCUCACCGAUGCAGAGCUAAAAAAGAGAAUGGCGGAAAAGUCACUGUCGAGCCCCUCCGCUGCCCAGCCUGAGAUUGGAACCUCUGUCGGUGUGGUAGAGGAGGCUAGGCGUGGUGACCGUGAUGGGGGAGAUGACGACGAAAAUGACGAUGAAGAUUUGGAUGAUGCAAAGAGGGCAAACUCGUCACGCAAUAAUGCUGGCCAGGCCUCGUAUGAAGCGCCUGAUGAAGGCGAACAAGAGAUCAUGAGAAGGCAGGAUUCACCAGAGCCUGAUUCUGAUGACGAGGACACAGAUAACAAACCAAAGGCCCCCAUAGCCGACGAUGGUGAUAGUGAUAGUGAUACUGAUAUGGAAGAUUCCGGUGCGUCUAAAGCUAACAGACGGGCUAAUGACAGAGACCGAGUGGAUGCUCUCAAGGGCAAGUUCCCUGCCCUCACCCAGUUCAAGUUCGACUCGGCCAACGGAAACUCUUGCACCAUUCAACUUCAAUAUGAUAUUUCUACACCGAAACUUCUACUUCUCCCCUUGGUUGAAAAUGCAGCCAGGACAUCCGUGAUCCAAUUCAUCCCUGGACUUGGUAGCUGUGCCUACAUACCAGCUGAUCGGAACGAACCUGCACAUGUGAUAACAGAAGGUGUGAACUUGAUUGCAAUGCGUGAUUACCAGGACAUCAUCGACCCGCACUCUGUAUACUCGAAUUCUGUUUCUCACAUGCUUGGGCUAUACGGUGUUGAGGCGGCGAGAGCAACCAUUGUCAGUGAGGUUGGGGCCGUUUUCGAGGGUCACGGCAUCAAAGUUGACAAUCGACAUUUGACCCUCAUCGCAGAUGUCAUGACUCAAGCCGGUGGGUACCGCCCAUUCAACCGUAUGGGUAUUGUCAAGGAUAGCACAUCUCCAUUGAUGAAAAUGAGUUUCGAAACGACAGUUCGCUUCCUCCGGGAUGCUGUUUUGGAAAGAGAUUGGGACAACCUGAACGGUCCAAGCAGCAGGAUUGUUGUGGGCAGAGUCGGGACUGUAGGAACAGGCGCAUUCGAUGUGCUUGCUCCUAUUGGAUAG